AUGAGUUAAACCAGCUUGAUAGCUUAUUCUGAUAGGGAAAUUGAGUCAUCUCUUAAGGAUUUAUUAGAGAGGAUUUUGAUCUAACUGGAGAAAUACAUUGAGAAUAAAAAUGAUUUAAACGAAGUUGAAUAAGAGCUAAAAGAUUAUGAAGAUUAGUCUUAAUUAGUAAACAUUAUAAAAAUCAUCUUCACUAAUCUAAUGCUAAAAAUCGAGAGGAAAAUCAGGAAAUUAGAAAACAGCAUAGAUCCAAUUACGUCAUCAUAAAGUAUAAGAGUAGAGGAUGAAUAUGAAAAAUUGGAGUAAUCAAUCAUCAAAUAAGAGAGCGAGAUAAGGAAUCACAUUAGGUUAGAACAAUAAUUGAAAUUACAAGCUGAAUCUAUUUAAUAAAAAUUAGAAGACAGUGAAGCAACAAGAAGUGAGUUAUUAGAAACCACAAAAAUGAUGAUGAAUAAUUUGAAAAGAGAGAAUCAAAAGUAUUAUGAAGAAAAUCAAUUUUUGUAAGCUGAAAUAGUAUCUUACAAAGAAAAAAUUUAAUUGCUGGAGUUCGAACAAUAAAAGAGAACCAUUGAACUUGAUCAUUUCGACUAUAAGGUUUAGCAACAACCCAGAAAUACGCAAUAAAUAAAAGGGAUGAUUUAAAGAAAGCCAAAUGAUAAAGAAAUAAAUAAGAUGAUUUCUCACUCUUAACAUAAACUCAGCAGUCAAUUCUAAGAAAGCACUGACUAUCCAACUUAAUCUUAAGGGUCUUUGAAUUAAAACUAUUUCAAUAUUUUGCAAUUUGAAUAGAAUCACCAAAAUCAUUCAUUGCAUUAGUCAAUUAAUCAUUAAUAGGAAUAUAACAAAGGCUAUCAAAUGAAGCACAACUCGAUUUGUUCAAUAAAUGAUUUGCAAUAUUAAAAUGUGAUUAAAAAUAUUAAGACACACGUAGGAAAUUAUACUGUCUCAAAAAAUAAUUCUUAAAAUUCAAGCAUAUUACAGAAAAACAUUCAUUGUAAAUACCAAUAAUCUAUUUUAGCAAAUAUUUAAACAUAACCCAGAAGCAGAAGUGGGAGUUUGAGGAGGAACAUCUAUUAAAAAUAGAAGACCUCUAUUCAUUAAUGUUGA